AUGUCUUCCCAUAACUCUGGCACGGCGAAUGUAGUCGGGGCGCAUUACCGUGUUGGCAAGAAAAUCGGGGAAGGCUCAUUCGGUGUUAUCUUCGAAGGAACGAACCUGCUAAACUCUACGACUGUCGCCAUCAAGUUUGAGCCACGCAAAGCAGAGGCACCUCAGCUCCGAGAUGAAUGUCGCUCAUACCGUAUUCUUGCUGGCUGCACUGGUAUUCCUCAAAUAUAUCACUUUGGGCAGGAGGGCCUCCACAACAUUUUGGUGAUUGAUCUUUUGGGCCCGAGCCUGGAGGAUCUAUUUGAUAUGUGCGGCCGCAAGUUUUCUAUCAAGACGGUGUGCAUGGCAGCCCGACAAAUGUUGUCCCGGGUACAAACUAUCCAUGACAAAAACCUCAUUUACCGUGACAUCAAGCCUGACAACUUCCUCAUUGGGCGCCCUGGCACGAAGGCGGCCAAUCUCAUUCAUGUCGUUGACUUUGGAAUGGCUAAACAAUACCGCGAUCCUAAAACCAAGCAGCACAUUCCUUACCGGGAACGGAAAAGUCUGAGUGGCACGGCGCGAUACAUGAGCAUUAAUACUCAUUUGGGGCGAGAACAAUCUCGGAGAGACGAUCUAGAAGCACUUGGGCAUGUCUUCAUGUACUUCCUGCGGGGAAGCCUACCUUGGCAAGGGCUAAAGGCUGCUACCAACAAGCAAAAGUACGAAAAGAUUGGAGAAAAGAAGCAGACGACACCCAUCAAGGAUUUAUGUGAGGGAUAUCCAGAGGAAUUCGGUAUCUACUUGAACUAUGUUCGAAAGCUUGGAUUUGAGGAGACUCCGGACUAUGAUUUCUUGAGGGACCUCUUUUCCAAAGUCAUGAAGAAUAACAACGACUUAGACGAUGGCAUUUUUGACUGGAACUUAUUGAAUGGUACAACUUUCAUUGCGUCUGGUAAUCUCCUUAUUGAUCUUUCAUCAAAUUAUACAGGUGGUAAAGGUUGGGAGGCUUCGCAAGUAGGUGAAGUUUCAAUUUCCGAAAUGCGAGGAUUUCAUUGUGUUGCGCAGGGGCAAUCGCAAGUACUUGCUCAAAUACAGAAUGCGGCCGUAACACCUGCGCCGCAAGACCGUCGAAAAGAUAUGGAACGACGUCGGGAUACAGAUUGGCGCCGCACAUCACAGACUGGUGGAGUCAACCCGCCUUCACCAGCGCUCGUUAGGCACGGCUCGAAGCGCAGAGUCCCUAAUGCACUUACCCCUGGAGCAGGAAAUGCACCUGGUGGCACUGCUACCCCUCUCUCUGCUGCUGCUCAGAUUAACGUUCCAAUCUCGACACCACAAAACAGAUCUAAUAAUGUUGGUGUGCAGCAACAUCCUUACGCGAAUGCAGCUACUGGUGAAUACGGCUGGGACGCAGGCGAGGAACCAUACGGAUCUCAAGCUGCAUACGGACGCGCAUCUCCUAUGGUGUCAACUGUUGGAGCUGCUCCACCCGCAAUAAGUACAGUGCGUGCCCAUGGCAAUGAAGCAGGUGUUUCUCGUGGCGAGGACUACCGCCAGCAACAGGAUGACGACCCUCCCCAACCAAAGUCGAGUAUCUGGAGAAUCCUCACAUGCCGGUGCGGCUGA